GCCAGGCUGCUCCAGUUCAACUGCAGCUCAACGCACCGCGCCGGGCUCCCCGUCACACAAGCACAGCGGAGCGGGCUCGCCUUCAGCCGACGCACGCGGAUCCGUCCCCUGUCCGCGCGACUCGUCCACUCGGCCGUCCUCUAUCGGUAUUUUGAGAGGCGGGUAUCAUCAGCAUCAGCACCGCCGCCUCGAAACCAGACCAGCAGGCACGGGAGCGAGGUGCCUCGUUCACAUUUUUAGCAGGAGCGCCGCAUCCCAUUUCUACUGGGGGGGAAUAGCACAGUCUUCAGCAUUUGCAGGGGUUUUAAAGCAUGGAAUCGGACUAAAGGAAUGGCUCUACGUCGGAAAGACUCUGUGCUCUGUGCCGUGGCCGUGCUGACUGACUAAGCGGAGCCCUUCGAGCCAUGGAGGAGAUGGACAGCAAACCUUACCAGCCGUUGUCUAAGGGCCACCAUGAAAUGGAGAUGUCCUACACCAGCUCGUCCGACGAGAGCGAGGACGGACGCGCCCACCACCGCUCCUACACCUCGCGGGAAACCCUGCCCGACUACACGCACGAGCUGCGCCUCACCCUGGGAUCGCACCGGGAGCGGCAGAGCAACUACAGCCAAACCAAGCCAGAUCUAGACUUCUGUAACGCCGGGCAGAUGAGGAGCCCAGACUACCACAUCCACCAACAGCAGCAGCAGCAGCAGCAGCAGCAUCAGGAGGAGGACGAGGAGGCGCUGUGCUCCGGACCGGCCGCCCACGUCCACGGCCGUGGCUACUCGCUGGGCGUGGGCUCCGACGUGGACACGGAGCCGGAGGUGGACCCGUCGCCGGCUCACGGCCUGCAGCACAUGUGGAUGCGCGGCCUCAAGUCCGAGCAGAGCUCCUGCCUGACGAGCCGCGCCAACUCCGCGCUCUCCCUCACCGACACCGAGCACGACAGGAAGUCGGAGCCCGACAACGAGCUGCCCAGCAGUCCGGGCGGUCAGUUCACGUUCCGCCCGCUGCCGCCGCCGCCGCCGCCGCCCCACGCCUGCACCUGCGCCCGCCCGGCGCCGUACGCCCAAGUCAGCCUGCAGAGGAAGACCAUGCCCACGCGGUGCCAGGGCGGCCAGGGCGGCCAGGGGGCGGACACCGGCUCCGGCGCAGACCAGGCCCAGCUUCACAACAGCUGGGUCCUCAACAGCAACAUUCCCCUAGAGACCAGACACUUCCUGUUCAAGCAAGGCUCUGGCUCGUCGGCUCUACUAUCAGGGGCGGGGCAGGGCUACCCCCUGACCUCCGGGACGGUGUACUCCCCUCCUCCUCGGCCGCUGCCUCGCAGUAGCGUGACCAGACCACUGUUUACCUUCAACAAGCCUCAUCGCUGUUGCAACUGGAAGUGCACGGCCCUGUCCGCGUCGCUGCUCACGCUCACGCUGGCCCUGCUGCUCACAUACGUCAUCGCGGUCCACCUGUUAGGCCUGACCUGGCAUCUGCGGCACGGUGAGAGCCAGCUGUACGAGAACGGCCUGAGCGCAGCCGACCAUCAACAGGAGGACCGCAGCAGCGUCAGACCCACCAGCUCAGUCCACCUGCUGGAUACACUCAACCCUGAAAACACACACGCUGGCGACAGAGAAAAGUGGGUGCGAGGCCGGGCCAUCGACCGCGGCGAGGUGGACAUGGGAACCCAGCAGAGCCAGGCGAUCCCACCGGGGCUGUUCUGGAGGUUUCAUAUGACUGUGCACCAUCCAACCUACAUCAAGUUCAACCUCUCUUUGUCACACAACGCACUGCUGGGGGUCUAUGGACGCAGGAACAUACCGCCUACACACACUCAGUUCGACUUUGUGAAGCUGCUCGAUGGGAAGGCUCUGCCCAGGUCCUUGACUGAUCCGGUCUUAACCGCCAAAGCUCCCAAAGGCCUGCUGCUGAGCGGCCUCCAAGAAACGGGCUUCAUCGAGUACAUGGACCCCGGCACCUGGCACCUCGCUCUCUACAACGACGGCCGGAACCUGGAGCAGGUGCUCCUCCACAGCACUCCCAUAGACUCCAUGGACGGCUGCUCCACGGACUGUAACGGGAAUGGGGAGUGCGUGGCCGGACACUGCCACUGCUUCGCUGGAUUCCUGGGUCCUGACUGUGCCAAAGAUUCGUGCCCCGUGUUGUGCAGCGGUAACGGCAUGUACGAGAAGGGACGGUGCGUGUGUCUGGCGGGCUGGAAGGGGGCAGAGUGCAACGUGGAGGAGGGCCAGUGCAUCGACCCCACCUGCUCCAACCACGGCUCCUGCAUCCAGGGCAUCUGCAUCUGCAACCCCGCCUACAAAGGGGUCAACUGCGAGCAAGUGGACUGCGUGGACCCCCAGUGCGGCGGCCACGGCGUGUGCGUGCGCGGGGAGUGCGUGUGCUCGGCCGGCUGGGCGGGAGUGAGCUGUGACGACCCGCUGCCAGCCUGUCAGGAGCAGUGUUCAGGACAUGGCACCUAUCUCCCUGAGUCAGACACCUGCGCCUGCCAGCCCAACUGGACGGGGCCAGACUGCUACACGGAGCUGUGCCCGGUGCCAUGUGGCAGCCACGGUGUUUGCUCGGAGGGCCGGUGCCAGUGCGAGGAGGGCUGGAUCGGCGCCGCGUGCGACCAGAGAGCGUGCCAUCCCCGCUGCGAGGAACACGGCCAGUGCCACGACGGGACCUGCAUCUGCCAGCCGGGCUGGGAGGGGGAGCACUGCAACAUUGUUACUCAUGAUUUGGACGUUGUGGUGAAAGACGGCUGCCCCGGGUUGUGCAGCGGACAUGGUCGCUGUACCCUGGAGCAGAGCGGCUGGCGUUGCGUCUGCCAGGCUGGAUGGAGUGGGCCUGGAUGCAGCGUUGUCAUGGAAACUGACUGCAGUGAUGGAACAGACAACGACGGAGACGGCCUGAUGGACUGCGUUGACCCCGACUGCUGCGAGCAGCUGAGCUGCGGCUCGGACCCCCUGUGCCACGGCUCGGCCGACCCCCUGGCCCUGCUGCUGCAGAGCCCCCAGCCCGCCGCCGCCGCCGCCCCUUCGCCGAGCAGCACGCACGCCCAGAGCUUCUACCGGCGCAUUCGCUUCCUGCUCGGCAAAGCGGCCACACACGCUCUCCCCGGCGACGUGCCCUUUGACACCAGCCGCGUAGCCGUGAUUCGCGGCAGCGUCGCGUUGCAGGACGGCUCUCCUCUUGUCGGAGUCAACAUCUCCUUCCCACAGCACCCAGAAUACGGCUACACGAUAAGCAGGCAGGACGGGAGUUUCGACCUGGUGACCUUGGGUGCCAUGUCCAUGACCCUGAUGUUCCAGCGUCCACCCUUCCUCCCACAGACGCGCACUGUGUGGACGCCCAAUAACAAUUUCCUGGUUCUGGAGCAGGUGACCAUGUCCAGGGAGGAAACCCAGCCUUCCAAGUGUGACAUCAAGAGUGUUUUAAGCCCCUACCCACUGGUCCUGCCAUAUCCUCUCCCCAGAUACACAGGAGCAUGUGCAGAGAAGGGCCCAGCUGUGCCCGAGUUACAGGCGGUGCAGGAGGAAGUUUCAAUCCCAGGAGCUUUUGUGAAGUUGAACUAUUUGAGCACCCGCGCUGCAGGCUACCUCUCGCUGCUGCGAAUCCUCCUCACGCCCCCCUCCCCGGCGUCCCCCGUCUCCCCGCUGGGCGGCCUGUCCAAGGUGUAUGUGCGCGCCUCCGUCCAGGGGAGGUUGUACCAGCGCUGGUAUCCUGCUGGACCCGGCCUGGUCCACAGGCUGGUGUGGAACAAGACUGAUGUCUAUGGGCAGCAGGUCUGGGGUCUCACUCACGCAACUGUGUCGGUGGGCUAUGAGUACGAGUCGUGUCCUGGUGCGAUCCAGUGGGAGAGGAGGACGGCGCUGAUGCAAGGGUUCGAACUGGUCCCGUCGAACCUGGGCGGGUGGUCUCUGGACAAACACCACGCCAUCAACAUACAGAACGGAAUCCUUCACAAGGGGAACGGGGAGAACGUGUUCCUCUCCCAGCAGCCUCCCGUCGUCAGCACAGUCAUGGGGAACGGGUUCUACCGCAGCGUCCCGUGCGGUCCGAGCUGCAGCGGCGCCGCCCGCGACAUGAUGCUGUUCGCCCCCGUGGCGCUGGCCGGCGGCCCCGACGGCUCCCUCUACAUCGGGGACUUCAACUUCAUCCGCAGGGUGCACCCUGACGGCUACACCAGGACCAUACUGGAGCUCAAGAACCGGGACACCAGGCACAGCACCAGCCCUGCCCACAAGUACUACCUGGCCAUGGACCCAGUGGGGGAGGUUCUGUACGUGUCCGACACCAGCAGCCGCAGGGUGUACCGGGUCAGGAACCUGGGGCAGCCCAAAGACCCGUCGCGCAACCUGGAGGUGGUGGCCGGGACGGGGGAGCAGUGCCUGCCUUUUGACCAGAGCCACUGCGGGGAGGGCAGGAAGGCCACUGAAGCCGCGCUCAACAACCCUCGAGGUAUCGCCGUGGACAAGAGAGGCGUCGUCUACUUCGUCGAUGGCACCACCAUCCAGAAGAUUAAUGAGAAGGGCAUGCUCUCCACUGUGAUUGGCUCCAACGGGCUGAUGUCGACGCAGCCGCUCAGCUGUGACGCGCGCAUGGACAUCAGCCAGGUGCGUCUGGAGUGGCCAACAGACCUGGCCAUCAACCCGCUAGACAACUCCCUCUACAUCCUGGACAACAACAUCGUCCUGCAGGUGUCAGAGAGCCUACAAGUGCGCAUUGUGGCGGGACGUCCUAUCCACUGCCAGGUUCCGGGCAUCGACCACCACCUGGUGAGCCGGGCUGCGGUGCGCGCCACCCUGGAGGCCGCCAAGGCCAUCGCCCUGUCCCACCUGGGCACUCUGUACAUCGCAGAGACCGACGAGAGACGUAUCAACCGCAUCCAACAGGUGUCGACCAAUGGAGAGAUCUCCGUUAUAGCCGGAGCCCCCACGGACUGUGACUGCAAGAUAGACCCCAACUGUGACUGCUUCUCCGGAGACGGAGGCUAUGCACGCGACGCUCGGCUCAAAGCCCCCUCCUCUCUGGCCGUGGCUCCCAAUGGCACCCUGUAUAUUGCUGAUCUGGGCAACAUCCGGAUCAGAGCGGUCAGCCCAAACCAACCUCAACCCAGUCCGCUCGGCCUGGUGGAGAUCAGCUCCCCGCUGGAUCAGGAGCUCUAUCUCUUCAGCCAGAACGGCUCCCACAUGCAUACCAAACACCUGAUCACCGGCCACUUCCUGUACAACUUCUCUUACGGCACGGACGGUCAGCUGGCCGGGGUGACGUGCCGCAACGGCCAUGGGCUCCAGGUGAGGAGAGACGCUCACGGAGUGCCGCUCUGGCUGGCGCUACCUGGCGGACAGGUGUACUGGCUGUCUCUUAGCAACAGCGGAACACUGAGAAAGGUGUCAGCCCAAGGCCAUGACAUCGCCCACAUCACUUACCAUGGCAACACUGGUCUCCUAGCAACCAAAAGUGAUGAGAACAGUUGGACCACUGUUUAUGAGUACAACAGCGAGGGCCGUGUGACCAACAUUACUCUCCCGACGGGCGACGUGAGUGGUUUCCAAGGCAACCUGGAGCGCUGGUCUCGGGUGGAAGUGGAAGCGUCGAACCGCGAGAACUUCGUGACUAGCACCAACCUGUCGGCCAGCGACACCAUCUACACCUUCAGACAAGACCACGCUCAGAGCUCGUACCGAGUCAGCGCCGACGGGUCCUUCCACGUAUCGCUCGCCAGCGGGAUGGAGCUGUCACUCAGCACGGAGCCCCUCCUCCCGGGCGGCCUCGGGGGAGGAGUCAGUCCCACGGCCAGCCGCUGUAACAUCAGUCUGCCGGGAGAUCACACCCCCAGCCUGAUAGAGUGGAGGCAGAGGAAGGAGCAGAGCAAGACUAACUACAGCACCUAUGAACGCAGGUUCAGGGCACACAACAGGAACCUGCUGUCUAUCGACUUCGAUCAGACCACCAGAGUGGGGAAGAUCUACGAUGACCACAGGAAGUUCACCCUCCACAUCCAGUACGACGCGCUGGGCCGACCUGUGGUGUGGUCUCCCAGCAGCAAAUACACGGAGGUGAACAUCAGCUACUCUGGAGGAGGACUGCUGGCGUCCAUCCACCGCGGAGAGUGGUCGGAACGGCUGGAGUACGAGAGCGACAGGGUGGUGUCCAGAGCCUGGGUCAACGGCAAGAUCUGGAGCUACACUUACGCAGACAGAUCCAUCAUGCUGCUCCUGCACAGCCAGAGGCGCUACGUCUUCGAGUACGACCAAACGGACCGUCUGGUCGCCGUGACGAUGCCCAGCAUGGUGAAGCACACGCUGCAGUCCAUGCUGUCCAUUGGGUAUUUCAGGAACAUAUACACCCCUCCCGACAGCCAGGCCUCCUUCAUGCAGGACUACACCCUCGAUGGGCGUCUCCUGAGGACGCAGUACUUGGGAACGGGGCGCAGCAUCAUCUACAGGUAUACACCAGCAGCACGGCUCGCGGAGGUGGUUUAUGACUCAACCCUGGUGACCUUCACUUAUGACGAGGCCUCUGGCACCGUCAAGACCAUUCAUCUCACCCAUAAUGGCUUCAUAAGCUCCAUACGAUACAGACAGACAGGUCCUCUGACCAGCCGGCAGAUCUUCCGCUUCAGCGAGGAGGGUCUGGUCAACGCCAGGUUCGACUACAGCUACAACAACUUCAGAGUGACAAGCAUGCAGGCCGUCAUCAACGAGACCCCUCUGCCCAUAGACCUGUACCGCUACGUGGACGUGUCGGGCCGCGUCGAGCAGUUCGGAAAAUUUAGCGUCAUUUUCUACGACCUCAACCAGGUGAUAACCACCCACCUGAUGAAACACACCAAGGUAUUCAACUCCUACGGACAAGUGGUGGAGGUCCAGUAUGAGAUCCUCAAGUCCAUCGCUUACUGGAUGACCAUCCAGUACGACUCAGCGGGACGCACAACCACCUGUGACAUCAGGGUGGGGGUGGACAGCAACGUGACCCGCUACACCUACGAGUACGAUGCCGACAGCCAGCUGCAGAGCGCCUCGGUCAACGAACGGCCGCAGUGGCGCUACAGCUACGACUUAAAUGGGAACAUUAAUCUCCUGAGCCACGGCACCAGUGCGAGGCUGACUCCACUGCGCUACGACCAGAGAGACCGCAUCACGCACCUCGGCGAGCUGCAGUACACCGUGGACGACGACGGCUUCCUCCGCCAGCGGGCCAACGACCUCUUCGACUACAACUCCAACGGCCUGCUGACCCGCGUCUUUAACCGAGUUACCGAGCGCGCGGUCUGGUACCGCUACGACGGGCUGGGUCGCCGGGUCGCCACCAAGAGCAGCCAGGGCGAACAGCUGCAGUUCUUUUACGCCGACCUCUCGCAGCCCACCAGAGUCACCCACUUGUACAACCACACCAGCAACCUGAUCACGUCGCUGUACUACGACCUCCAGGGCCAUCUCAUCGCCAUGGAGCUAAGCAGCGGGGAGGAGUACUACGUCGCCUGCGACAGCGUUGGUAGCCCAAGGGCGGUUUUCUCCAGCAAGGGGCGACUGGUCAAAGAGAUUCUGUACACGCCCUACGGCGAGGUCUACCAGGACACAAACCCUGACUUCCAGCUUGUCAUUGGCUUCCACGGAGGCCUCUACGACCCCCUCACGCGGCUCGUGCACUUGGGCAGGCGGGACUACGACACGCUGGCCGGCCGAUGGACCUCGCCCAACCACGAGCUGUGGAGCGAGCUGAGCAAAGAGCCCAAGCCGUUCAACGUGUACGCCUUCAAGAACAACUGUCCAGCUGGGAGGGUGGAGGAGGUGACGCAGUUCACGACAGACAUCGGUAGCUGGCUGCAGCUGUUUGGCUUCCAGCUUCAUAAUGUGGUCCCGGGCUUCCCCAAGCCCGAAGUCGGCAGGAUGGAACAAACAUAUGAACUGAUGAAGACCCAGCCAAAAACGCAGGACUGGGAUUCCAGCAAGAUGAUCCUGGGGAUCCAGUGUGAGUUGCGGAGGCAGUUGAGGAGCUUCAUCUCUCUGGACCGGUUGCCUCUGGUCUCGGAGCCUGUCGGGUCCUCGUGCCACAGGCCGGCUCGGCCUCCUCCCUUCAGCUCCAGGCCCUCUCUCCUUGGCCCUAACAUUCGAUUUGCGGUCUCCCACGGGCGGGUCAGCGCGGAAGUCAUCGGCGUGGCCAGCGAGGACAGUCGGCGCGUGGCAGCCAUAUUGAACGGCGCCGUCCACCUCAGCGGGCUCAGCUUCACCGUACAGGGCUGCGACACCCACCACUUCCUCCAGUCGCGGCCGAUCGAGGAGGACCUCGCCCUGGGCUUGGGAGUCGGCGGCCGCGUCCUGGAGAGCGGCGUGAACGUCAGCGUGUCCCAGAUGAGCGCCACGGUCAACGGCAGGACUCGGCGCUUCGCCGAUAUCACCCUCCAGCAGGGGGCGCUGUGCCUGUGCGUGCGCUACGGUGGAACCGAAGAGGAAGAGCGCGAGCGGGUGAAGGAGGAGGCGAAGAAGAGGGCGGUGGAGGGGGCGUGGGAGACGGAGAAGAAGAGGGUGGAUUUAGGGGACGCGGGGAGCAGGCCGUGGACCGAGGCGGAGAAGCAGCAGCUGCUGUCCGGGGGACGCGUUCAGGGCUACGACGGCUACUACUCCCUGCCUAUAGAGCAGCAGCCGGAGCUGUCCGACUGCGCCUCCAACAUCCACUUUAUGACACUGAGCGAGGUGGGGGGCAGGUAACAGAGACACGCGAGCAGCCCCCCACCCCACCAAAGACUGCCUGUUUCUACUCUACUCUGAUUUGUUCUACUGUUUCUAUACUGUAUCAAAAGAAGAAGAAGACAACAAAGAAGAACAAGAAGAGAGAUUGGGGGAAAAAUGAUUUCCAAAUGCCUUUAAUUGUGACAAAAUGAUGGUAUUUUAUUAUUAUCGUCCAGUUUCUCCAAUUUCUAACAGUGGCACAAGCAGUGUGGUUUGGCUGUGGCUUUGCUUUUUGUAUCCCGACCGACCGACGGACCGACCGACGGACCGACCCGCUGACUGUUGGACUGACCGACCGUCUGUCAUUCGCUGUUUCAAUACUGUUCAUCGUUUUGAACUCGCUGGACCGUAGGGGUGAAGACUUUAGAGUUGCCAGCGAACAAUCCUCUCCAUGACUCAGAUCUAGAGCUCUCCAGUUGCCAUUUGAGUUCCUACAUGGUUUACCUCGGAUAUACUAUCGUUUACAUAUUGUGUAAGAGAGGCCUUGUCGACUCUGACACUCCCCUUUAGAGAAGGAGACCUCGCGGGGGUUUCUGCCUCUGGUGUGCUCCAACAGUAGUUUGUAUGAGUGUGUAUACUGAAAUCAAGAAUGUACAUAGCCAGUGCUUUCACACUGAAAAAAGUGCUCAACUGGAAAUUCUGUUGUUCAUAAGUAAGUGUCAGUAUUGUUAAUCAAUAGAAAAACAGUUACAUUUUUGCAAAGAAUUAUACAUGGCUAUAGUAAAUAUUCUCGCUGGAAAAUCUGACUUUAUUGGGUUACGAUGCUGAUUAAAGUUAUUAUGUGUGAAUUA